AUGGAGACCGAAAGUGAGCAGAACUCCAACUCCACCAGCGGGAGCUCCAGCUCUGGAGGAAGCACCCGUCCUCAGAUCUCACAGAUGUCUCUCUAUGAGCGACAGGCAGUACAGGCCCUGCAGGCACUCCAGAGACAGCCCAAUGCAGCCCAGUACUUCCAUCAGUUUAUGCUCCAGCAGCAGUUUAACAGUGCCCAACUUCACAGCCUGGCUGCUGUCCAGCAGGCUACAAUUGCAGCCAGUAGACAGGCCAGCUCCCCCAACACUAGCACCUCGCAACAGACCACCACCACCCAGGCUUCUAUCAACCUUGCCACCACCUCAGCUGCUCAGCUGAUCAGUCGGUCCCAGAGUGUGAGUUCCCCGAGCGCCACAACGCUGACCCAGUCUGUGCUCCUUGGGAACACCACGUCACCACCUCUCAACCAGUCACAGGCACAGAUGUACCUUCGGCCGCAGCUGGGGAACCUGCUGCAGGUGAACCGGACCCUGGGCCGCAAUGUGCCUCUCGCCUCCCAACUCAUCCUGAUGCCCAAUGGGGCUGUGGCUGCUGUCCAGCAGGAUGUACAACCCACUCAGUCUCCUGGGGUCCACACAGACACAGACCAGGUGCAGAACUUGGCUGUGAGGAGCCAGCAGACCUCCGCCACUAACGCCCAGCUCCAAGGCUCUGCUCAGAAGACAGCCCUGCCGGGGAGCUCCCAGGCUUCGGGCUUACCACAGGCUACCAGCACAGGCCAGACCAUGGCAGUGGCCCAGGCCUCCUCCAGCGGGGCAGGCCAGUCCCUCAACCUGAGCCAGGCAGCUGUGGGCAGCAAUGGUGUCUCCGGAGGUGUGGUGGCCAGUGGUGGGAGCCAGCCCUCAAUGGGACUGAGCCAGAGCUCCUCGGCAGGUGCCGCUGGCAGCUGCCAGAGGAAAGGCACCGGGGUGGUUCAACCCUUGCCGGUGGCGGCUGCCCAGGCCGUGACUGUCAGCCAGGGCAGCCAGACAGAGACAGAGAAUGCAGCUGCAAAGAAGGGUGACACAGACAAUGGUGGACAGCAAACAGUGGGCAUGAACCUCACCAGGACUGCUACACCAGCACCCAGCCAGACGCUGAUCAGCUCAGCAACAUAUACGCAGAUCCAGCCACACUCACUGAUCCAACAGCAGCAGCAGAUCCAUCUGCAGAAGCAGGUGGUGAUCCAGCAGCAGAUAGCCAUUCAUCACCAGCAGCAGUUCCAGCACCGCCAGUCCCAGCUCCUCCACACGGCCACCCAUCUCCAACUGGCGCAACAGCAGCAACAGCAGCAAGCAGCAUCUCUGACCCAGCAGCAGCAGCAAGCUCAGCCUCUGCAGCAGCAGGCUCCCCCUCCAAACCAGCAGCAGGCACAGACCCUUGUGGUGCAGCCUAUGUUGCAGUCCCAGCCACAGCAUUUACAGCUCCAGCAGGACAGUCAGUGCCAGCCAGCCACCAAGUCACCCGUUCCUAUUCAGUCAAAAUCUCUGGUCACCCCCAUCAAACCCCCUCAGCUUGGGCCUGUCAAAAUGUCAGCAACACAGCAGCCUCCGCCACACAUCCCAGUGCAGGUAGUGGGCACUCGGCAGCAGGGCUCAGGCCAAGCCCAAGCACUGGGCUUGGCUCAGAUUGCUGCAGCAGUGCCCACAUCCCGGGGAAUGCCAGCUGUAGUCCAGCCUGUUUCCCAAACCCAUGCUGCUUCCCCAUCAUCAUCUUCAGCUCCAGCAUCCUCACAGGAAGCUCCCCCUCUCACCACAGGGGUGAAUUUGGCACAAGUUCAAGGCACAGCCCACAUGGUGAAGAGCCCAGCUUCCUCUCCAGUUGUGGCUCAGAUGCCAGCAGCAUUCUACAUGCAGUCUGUCCAGUUGCCAAGCAAAUCUCAGACCUUGGCAGUAAAGCGCAAGGCAGAGUCAGAGGAGGAGAAGGAAGAGCCUCCCAGUGUCAACGCACUCCUGCCUGCCAGGUCCUCUCCUGUAACAGAUAGCCCCAAAAACAUGGAGGAGAAGAGUGGCCUUGGAGAUAAUUCUGAUACUGCUGUCAUUGCAACCCAAAAUGCCACAUCAAGUGAAGGAGCCUCAGCCACCCCCACCUCUGCUUCCACCCCAAACCUGGCAUUGGCAUCACGUCAGAUGGGAGACUCCAAACCUCCUCAAGCCAUUGUCAAGCCCCAGAUCCUCACACACAUCAUUGAAGGCUUUGUCAUCCAGGAGGGAGCAGAGCCCUUUCCAGUGGGUUGUUCUCAGCUGCUGAAAGAAUCUGAGAAACCACUGCAGGGCGAGGCUCCUCCUGGCCAGAAUGAAAACCUGUCCAGCAAUUCUCUGGGAGAAGAUAGUGCUUCCAUGGAGCUUGACAAGAAGGCAAACUUGUUGAAGUGUGAAUAUUGUGGGAAGUAUGCCCCAGCAACCCAGUUCCGUGGCUCUAAGAGGUUUUGUUCCAUGACCUGUGCUAAAAGGUACAAUGUCAGCUGUAGCCAUCAGUUUCGGCUGCAGAGAAAGAAGAUGAAGGAAUUCCAGGAAGCCAACUAUGCCCGUGUGCGCCGACGGGGACCACGGCGCAGCAGCUCUGAAAUUGCUCGAACAAAGAUCCAGGGCAAGCGCCACAGGGGCCAAGAAGACUCAAGUCGAGGCUCUGAUAACUCCAGCUAUGAUGAAGCUUUGUCCCCUACAUCUUCAGGACCCCUGUCAGUAAGGGCCAGUCAUGGAGAGAGGGACCUGGCAAACUCUAAUAUGGCCCCUCCUACCCCAGAUCUACAUGGCAUCAACCCAGUCUUCCUGUCCAGCAAUCCUAGUCGUUGGAGUGUGGAGGAAGUGUACGAGUUCAUUGCAUCAUUGCAAGGGUGUCAGGAAAUUGCUGAGGAAUUUCGGUCACAGGAAAUUGAUGGUCAGGCCCUGUUGCUUCUGAAGGAGGAACAUCUCAUGAGUGCCAUGAACAUCAAGCUGGGACCAGCUCUCAAGAUCUGUGCCAAGAUCAAUGUCCUCAAGGAGACCUAA